ACAAUACCCUAAUUUCUCUCGUUUUUAGUUUUUACAUACGCGCCGCAGCGCAGGAAUAUUCAGUCUCUUUGUUCUACUCAAACAAUUAUUCAUCCAUGGAAGAAUAUUGUUGCAGGGCACGCCCUCAUUUCUCUUUGUCACCGUCUUUUCCUUCGGUUGAUUCUUCCACCUAUGUUAACAUACAACCUAUUUCGUCCGAUAUAUAUUUCAACAUCCUAGUUGAAUACACACAUAUGUUUGUUCCAACCGAUGGAACUCGAUCUUUUGGAAGUACUUGUCGUCACGUUCUUCGUAAUGUCUCAAUGGAACAACUGAUGCAAGAAACUACUUUUGUACCAUGGUUUUCAAAAAUAAAUUUUCCAAACGAUGCUUUUAGGUUGGUGUUUGAAGAAAUAUUGCAAUGUGCUAAUCAUAUGGUUUUUGAAGAUGAAGAGGACCUAAAUGUUUUUAGUAUUCGAGUUGAUUUAGAUGUUACGACGCCUCUUGAAGAUGACAGUUGUGAUGAAGGUGAUUAUUAUAAAGAUGAAGAGAACAACGGUUUGGAUGAGGAUGAAGAGGAAAUAGAGAUUGAAGAACAACAAGAAGAAGAUAGUGAUUUGGUUCCCGCUAUUACGAGGGGUACGAAGGGUGAAAGUUAUGAAGAUUAUUAUACAGAUGAAGAGGAAAUGGAAGUUGAAGAAGAAGAAGAUAAUAGGUUGGUUGCUGCUAGGUCUAUUGAAGGUGAAAGCUAUGAACUUGAUUAUGCAGACAAUUACGGCUAUGAUGGCAAUGUUGAUUUGGAGGAGGAUGAAGAGGAAAUGGAGGUUGAAGAAGAAGAGGAGGAUAAUGAGGUUGUUACAAGGGCUAGUGAGGUUGAAGGUUAUGAAGUUGAUUAUGAAGACAGUUACAGCUAUGAAGGCUAUGAUGGUUUGGAAGAGGAUGAAGAGGAAAUGAUCUUUGAAGAAGAACAUAUUAGGUUUAAUCCUGCGGCUAAGUCUUGUAUCGAGGAAUUGGAGAUGGUAGAAGUUGAAGAAGUGGCAAAAUGUGUUAUUUGUUUUGAAGAUCUUAAUGCCGGUGUCCGAUUGCCGUGUUCACACAUCUUUCAUGCAAACUGUAUCCAAGAUUGGUUGGAGGUCGCCAACUCCUGCCCCUUGUGUAGGUUCCAAUUUCGAAUUGCAGACACUUGUGUAGAUUAUUUGUAAUAUCAUUUUUAUAUUAAUGAAUUUAAUUUCCCAGAAUUGAUUUUCCGCUGCAUUUUCUCGAGAAAAUUUAUUUUUCUCAACUUUCAUUUUCUAUCGCUCUAUCUUUUCUAUUUUUCCUGAGAAAUUCAAUUCUCUAGUACUGUUAAUUUUCCAUAUGAGAAAAUCACUUUUCUCAUCUUCCGUUUGCGAAUUCCGUUUUCUUGAUUUCAAUUUUGAAACCGUUUUGCGAAUUUCAUGAUUCCAAUUCAUGUUCUAGAUCCGAUUUCUUGAUUUCUUUUCGAUUUGAUUCUUGUUCCGUGUUCGAUUGCGAUUUUGUUUUAAUCGCAACUUUAAUCUCUUCCUUUUUCCCCAAAUUCUAGGGUUUGCGAUUCCAUUUGCAAUCGCAUUUCAGUUCACUGAAUCAUUUAUUUCCGCUUUCGAUCUGUUUUUGGUAAGUUUAACGAGAACAUCUAGAUAUCGAUUUGGAAUUUCUCGUUGGGAAAAUUUCUGUUUAUAUUUGAUAGUGCUCCCAAGGUGUUUGUGAAAAGUUUUAGAUUGGAGACAGAGAAGGAUUGCUUUGGUGUUUGAUUCAAGUCAAGAUUCACUGAUUCACGACUUCCCCGCAAUGACGUGUAUGUUUAUAGAUUGUGCUUGUUUUACACUAAGGUUUGGCAUAUUCAGUUUAUUUUUAGACUCAAUUUUCUGCUACUAUGAAGCUUGUGCUUGUUUUAUGCACCCGAUCAGAUUUGUUGUGGCUAUCUCCUUUGGUGCAUUGGUUAUUCAGUUUGGUUGUUUGGCAUGCAAUAUCGUUUCAAUAUGGUGCUCUGUUAUUAGCUUAUCACUGAGAACAUAUUUUUUGAAGAUAAAUUUGGAUCUCAUGCCUUGGUUACAUUGUUACUGGUUGAACUUUAUUUGGAUGUUCAUAAGAAGCUUGGUAAAGGUCACUGUUGGUGAAAAGUGUUAAUUGGUAUUACUUGUAGUAAAUUGGUCAUGCUUGGUUUCAUUGAAGACUGAUAAACUGAUGAGUUGUCAUUGCAUUGUGCUGUCACUAGUUCUUUUAUUUCUUUGGACUCAUUCCUUGUGUUAAGAUUGAAGAAACACAUUUGGUUCAUGCUUUAUUUGCUGCCAUCGUAGAAGGUAUUAGUCAACUCAAAGAAGCUCAUUUUGGGAGUCUUAUCCCACUGAUACUCUAUGCUUUCAGCAGAAUGUAGUUUGGCUGGAGUUUAUUGGAUGUUUGUGUUGUUCCCCAUGAAGACAUGAUGGCUUAACAUUUGUUCUGAGAGCCUCUGUUUGAGGAUUUACUUGUUGCUGGUUUAUCUCUUCAUUGUGAAGAUUGAAGACUGGUUUGAGUUCUUUAAUCUACUCUUUGUUGCCCUGUUUUAGACAGGUGAUUAGCCAUAUUGGCUUUGUUGCAUUUAUGCUAUAUCUUGAGCAGGUUGUAUUUGCUUGCUUUCUCGAUUGAUUAGUUGGUUUUUUUGAUGUACUUUUGUAUAGCUUAUCCCAAGCUAGAAGUGUUGUGAACACCUUCUAGCUUGCGGGAGGGUGUUAAAGAUAUAGUUAGUUAGUAAUUAGGAGGAUUAGUUAGUAGUUUCUUGAUGCCUAUAUAUAGGCUUUGAUGUAAUCUUUUACACUCACUUUUCUCAUUUUGUAAUAUUUUUCCUUGAUCAA